AAGGGAGGGGAAAGGCGAGAAGGAGGCAGGUGAGGGAAGAAGCGCAGCCGGAGUCUGAGGAGGGUUUGCGACGCCCGCAGCGGCUGCCUCGGUGGAGGGACGUCCUCGGCCGCCCUCAUGGCGGGAGCGGGGGCUGGAGGGAGCGCCCAGGAGAAGCAGGCCACGGCGGCACGCCUGAAAGCGGCCCUCGGCGGCGCAGCUGCCGCCGCCGCCUCCGAGGAAAGCGAGGCUGCCGGAGAACUCCAAGCGCUUCUGGAGCGGGUUUUGGCUCCCCUGACGGGCAGCGACGACGCCGAGGCGGUGUCCGAAGCGCUGGGGUGGUGCCGCUGUUUGCUGGCGGGCGGCGAGCCGUGGGAUAGCUUCGUGCAGGCGGUGAGGGCCUACGACCCGGCCACGCUCUGCGGCCUGGUGUGGACGGCCAACUUCGUGGCCUACCGCUGCCGGACUUGUGGCAUCUCGCCUUGCAUGAGCCUCUGCGCCGAGUGUUUUCACCAGGGCGAGCACGCCGGACACGACUACAACAUGUUCCGCAGCCAGGCGGGGGGGGCCUGCGACUGCGGCGACGGCAACGUAAUGCGGGAAGCCGGGUUCUGCAAAAGGCAUCGAAUAAAAUCAAGCUCAGAAGUUCCAUCUGUUCCAAAAGAUUUGCUGAUAAUGUCAGAACUAGUUCUUCCACAAUUCAUCUUCUGUCUCAUUCAGUACUUAAGAGAAGGUUACAAUGAGCCAGUUCUUGAAUUGCCAUCAGAAAAAGAACUGCACAAAGUUCUUCAGAUGUUGGAACCCCACAUUUCAUUUCUGGAAGAUCUGACAAAAAUGGGGGGAGCAAUGCGUUCAGUCCUUACUCAGGUUUUGACCAAUCAGCAGUACUAUAAAAGUCUUAGUUCUGGUGGUGGAGAAAAUACAUGUUCAAAGAAAAGCCAUGAAAAAUAUCUUAUAGCUUUGAAAGGUUCUGGACUGACAUUUGCUGAAGAUAAGCUUGCAGGUGGAAUGCAGGACCAAGGAGCUGGAGCUAGUGCUUCAGUAGUUCAAGGUUUUGCAGGUUCUACACCAACUUCAGGGCAAGGUGACACUUCAGAUGAGGAAGACCAGGAUGGUAACCAAGGUGUGGGAAAGUGCAAGAGAGUGAAACUAAGUACCACCACCAAAGAUCAAUCCAUCAUGGAUGUUUUGAACCAUAAGUGUUUUCUAGAAGAAUUAUUAUUUUGGACAAUAAAAUAUGAAUUUCCUCAGAAAAUGGUAACUUUCUUGCUCAACAUGCUUCCAGAUCAAGAUUAUAAGAUUGCUUUUACUAAAACAUUUGUGCAGCAUUAUGCUUUUAUUAUGAAAACACUGAAAAAAAGCCAUGAAUCUGAUACCAUGUCUAACAGAAUUGUACACAUUAGCGUCCAGCUAUUCAGCAAUGAGGAAUUAGCACGUCAAGUGACAGAAGAAUGCCAACUGCUUGAUAUUAUGGUUACUGUCCUUCUAUAUAUGAUGGAGAGUUGCCUUAUUAAAAGUGAGUUACAAGAUGAGGAGAACAGUUUACAUGUAGUUGUGAACUGUGGAGAAGCACUCUUAAAAAACAAUACUUACUGGCCACUUGUCAGUGACUUUAUUAAUAUCCUUUCGCAUCAAAGUGUGGCUAAGAAAUUUUUGGAAGAUCACAGGCUACUGGUAACAUGGAUGAACUUUGUGUCAUUUUUUCAAGGCAUGAAUUUAAAUAAAAGAGAACUUAAUGAACAUGUUGAGUUUGAAUCCCAGACGUACUACGCCGCUUUUGCUGCUGAACUUGAGGCCUGUGCUCAACCAAUGUGGGGCUUACUGUCACACUGCAAAAUCAGGGAGACGGAAGAGUACACACGAAAUGUUGUUAGAUACUGCCUAGAAGCACUUCAGGAUUGGUUUGAUGCAAUCAACUUUGUAGAUGAGCCUACUCCAAAUCAGGUUACGUUUCACCUCCCAUUGCAUCGCUACUAUGCUAUGUUUUUGAGUAAGGCUGUUAAAUGUCAAGAGGUAGAUUUAGAUUCACUUCUUCCAGACCAAGAGAUGUUGAUGAAACUAAUGGUUCAUCCACUUCAAAUUCAGGCAAGCCUUUCUGAAAUUCAUAGUAAUAUGUGGGUAAGGAACGGCCUGCAGAUUAAAGGACAAGCCAUGACAUAUGUGCAGUCUCACUUCUGUAAUUCUAUGAUUGAUCCUGACAUUUAUCUGUUACAGGUUUGUGCUUCUCGACUUGACCCCGAUUAUUUUAUUUCCUCAGUUUUUGAAAGGUUCAAAGUGGUCGAUCUCUUAACAAUGGCUUCCCAACAUCAGAACACAGUGCUAGAUUCGGAGCAUGAGAGGUCAAUGUUAGAAGGCGCUUUAACCUUUCUUGUCAUUCUUUUAAGUCUACGUUUACAUUUAGGGAUGACAGAUGAUGAGAUUUUAAGAGCCGAAAUGGUAGCUCAGCUCUGCAUGAAUGACAGAACUCAUAGUUCUCUACUGGACCUUAUUCCAGAAAAUCCUAAUCCUAAAAGUGGCAUUAUUCCUGGAAGUUUAAGUUUUGAAUCAAUGCUGUCUGCUGUGGCUGAUUUUAAAGCCCCUGUAUUUGAGGCAGGGGGUUCCAUGCAGCAAGGAAUGUAUACACCUAAAGCUGAGAUCUGGGAUGAAGAAUUUGACCCAGUCAUGGUAAUUCUCCGAACUGUUUAUCGCAGAGAUGUACAGUCUGCAAUGGAUAGAUAUACUGCCUUUUUAAAACAGAGUGGAAAAGUCCAUGGAAAUCCUUGGCCUCCCUACAAGAAACGAACACAUUUGCACCCAAGUUAUAAAGGACUCAUGAAACUUUUGCAUUGCAAAACUUUACACAUUGUACUGUUCACUCUACUCUACAAGAUUUUAAUGGAUCAUCAAAAUUUGUCAGAACAUGUCCUUUGCAUGGUUUUAUAUUUGAUUGAAUUGGGACUAGAGAAUUCUUCUGAACAGGAAUCUGAUGAAGAAGAUUCCAUGGGUGGCCAUGAACGUUGCCAUGAUAGCUGGUUUCCAGGGAAUAAUUUGGUGUCAAAUAUGCGUCACUUUAUUAACUAUGUGCGGGUACGAGUACCAGAGACAGCACCAGAGGUGAAAAGAGAACUGCCUGCAAGUACAAGCUCUGAUGGCUUAGCAACCUCUCAGAAUCCAAGGCGCUCUAAAGGACUCCAGAGAGAGAAUUCAGGGACUGCACAAGUGUUCAGUUUGGUUGCAGAGCGUCGAAAGAAAUUUCAGGAGAUAAUUAAUCGCAAUACUACUGAAGCCAGUCAGGCUGUUCGGCCGAAGUCUUCAAUGAAAUGGUCUGCUCCUGGUGCAACUCCCCAAUUAACAACAGCUAUUUUAGAAAUCAAAGAAAGCAUAUUGUCCUUGCUUAUUAAGCUUCACCAUAAACUGUCAGGCAAACAGAACUCCUACUAUCCUCCGUGGUUGGAUGACAUGGAUACGUCAAAUCACCACGAAAACCCCAAAUAUUCUCAUGGCGAUGGAAUGACUGCUGUAGAAAGGAUUUUAUUAAAAGCUGCUUUUCAAAGUAGAUUAAACAAACACAUCAUUGAAGAAAUAUGUAGAAAAGUAACUCCAAUGGUCCCACCCAAAAAGAUUAGUCCAACAGAGAAGAAAACUUUGGACAAAGAAGAAAGACGACAAAAGGCCAGGGAACGACAACAGAAGCUUUUGGCUGAAUUUGCAUCAAGGCAGAAAAGUUUUAUGGAAACUGCUAUGGAUGUUGAAUCGCCAGAUGCUGAUAUUGCUAUGGAGAUUGCAACAGCAGAAGAACAUGUUUCUGAAGCUAUCUAUGAUUGUGUUAUUUGUGGCCAAAGUGGCCCUUCCACUGAAGAGCGACCAACAGGAUUAGUUGUUCUCUUACAAGCUUCUUCAGUUUUGGGGCAGUGCCGUAAUACUACUGAGCCUAAGAAGUUACCAACAACUGAAAAGGAACAAAUAUAUCCUAAUGAUACUUGUGCAGCAGUAUAUGAAACUCGCCUUGCAACUUUACAACAGUUCUUUAAAGAUAGUUCUUGUCUGCAAUCAGUAUCAAUUGGCUGGGAAGGAGGUGUAUAUGUGCAAACAUGUGGCCAUACGUUACACAUAGAUUGUCAUAAAUCCUAUAUGGAAUCUCUGCGGAACGAUCAGGUUCUCCAGGGUUUUGCUGUGGACAAGGGAGAAUUUACGUGUCCUCUGUGUAGGCAGUUCGCCAACAGUGUCCUUCCAUGUUAUCCCGGCAACAAUGUAGAGCGAAACCUUUCUCAGUGUCAUAGUACCAAGAAUAUGCAGGAGCUCAUCAAGGAGGUUGAAGAACUUCAAGAGCAGCUGGGAACUUUCCCAGUAAGCAUCAGUUCAGAAACCAAUUUAAGUAAAGAAAUGGAGUCAGUGAUGAAAGAUAUCAAAAAUACUACCCAGAAAAAAUACACUGACUACAGCAAGACUCCUGGAUCACCAGACAAUGAUUUUCUUUUCAUGUACUCGGUAGCCAGGACAAACUUGGAACUUGAAUUGGUUCACCGGGGAGGCAACCUGUGCCUAGGGGGUGCAAGCACAGCUGGAAAGAGAUCCUGUUUACAUCAGCUGUUUCAUGUGUUGGCUAUGCACAUGAGACUCUACAGCAUUGAUUCUGCUUACAAUCCAUGGAAGAAACUGACACGGUUGAUAGAGGGUGAAGAAUUGGACAUGUGCAGUGACGAUCAGCCAGAGGUUCCAGUGCUUUAUAAGGAUGUCCCAUCUCUUUUGCUCAUCCAGAUCUUAACCAUGCCUCAGCCACUGCGCAAAGAACACUUUGUCUGUAUCAUAAAAGUGCUUUUCACAUUGUUGUACAUACAAGCUCUAGUUGCACUUUCUAUGAAAUUCAGCCCAGAGGACAAGAUGACUUGGAUGAAUUCAGGAGCUCUGGAAAAGAAUGUGAUCAAUGCAGAAAAGUCUUGUCAGGUGUUAUUGAGCCAUGUGAUCAGUGAACUUUUCAAAGGGAAGGUUUAUGAACAGGAACAAGAGGAAACUGAAGAUAUGGAUAGCUCCAGUGCUUGGUGCCCAGACUCCAUAGAGACUUAUUUGCAGCAAUUCUGCCUGCCUUUCCUCAGGAUAACCAGCCUUCUUCAGCAUCACCUCUUUGGAGGGGAGCUACCCAGCUGCCAGGAAGAUGAAGAAUUUACUGUUCUUGCCAAUUGCCUGGGUUUGCUACCAUCUUCUUUUCAAUCGCCAGAGUUUCCUAGUGCCUCUUGCCUUGACUGGCCUGUGUCAGCCUUUGACAUUAUAUCGCAGUGGUGUUCAGAAUUGGUCUCAUUUGCUGACAAGCAUCUAACCCAAGUCAAGGUCUUACUUAUACAAAAAGCUACCUGGGACUUGCCACACCUCCUGCAAUUGCCUGAAAAUUAUAAUACUGUUUUUCAGUACUAUCACAGAAAGAGUUGUUUCAACUGUUCCAAAGUUCCCAAAGAUCCUGCGGUUUGUUUAGUUUGUGGUACUUUUGUGUGUUUGAAAGGAUUAUGCUGCAAACGGCAGAGCUUCUGUGAGUGUGUCUUGCACUCACAAAAUUGUGGAGCUGGAACAGGUAUCUUUCUUUUGAUCAACGCAUCUGUAAUCAUCAUAAUUCGUGGUCAUCGGUUUUGCCUUUGGGGUUCUGUUUACCUGGAUGCUCAUGGUGAAGAGGACAGAGAUCUGAGGCGUGGCAAACCACUCUAUAUAUGUAAGGAAAGAUACAAAAUGCUGGAACAGCAGUGGGUAUCACAUACUUUUGAUCACAUCAAUAAACGAUGGGGGCCACAUUACAAUGGUUUAUAGGUUGCUAGCAGUUGUACUGUCACAUCCCCUUUAUUACAUUUGCCCCUUGAUUAGCUUUUGCUUUAAGGGAACGGGAACCCAGUCUUUUUCUUCUCUGGGAAAGCAUGAAGCCAGGUCAUGAAAGGAAGCCCUGUAUUAAUUAGGUGCUGGUCAUUUAAAAACACAAAAGAAUUAGUUCUCCUGAUUUGAUACGGAAUCUAAAUUAAUUUUAUAGUUGUUGCUUUCUAAUCCACUAAUAAACAAGCACAAAUUGUACUUUAAAAGAAUGCCACCAAAUGGCCAUUGAGUGUUUUAUUUUUCCCUCAUUGGGGCAGUGUGAUUGUGCUGAUGAACUGUAUAUCCGUAGGCACCUGCUAAACAUGCAGCUCCUUUUUUUUUUCUUUCUCUUUUCUUUGUGUUUUAAGAUUUUGCUCAAUAUGCAUUUGUAAGUAUGUAAGAGUUGUAACACUUUCAAUUUGUGAAACUGUAUAGAAAUGUCUAAAAGAUUUUUAGAAAAUAUUUCGCUUAUUGCCAGAGAGCUAUUGAAAUAGUUUCAGGCAUUGCUGAAAACCUUAUUCAUUCUCAGGAAUUUCAUAAAUAUACUCCAGAGAUUAGUGAAAUAGCUUUAAAAUACAUAGUUUACCACUCUGAAUAUAAUACAACGUGUACACAAUGUUGUGUCUGACGUUUCAGUUAAUUUGAUUACAAAGAAAUCCCAAGGCAUCUAUUCAACUGCCUGUGUACAUGCAACAAAUAUUCCCCAUGGUCAGACACUUGGCCUAGCCAAGCAUGCCCUUCGCCUCAUUUCCUUUAGCUGACUUUUUCAGAUUGAUAGGUGAAGGAGAAGGCUUUGUGACUAUUUUGCCAGCGGACUGUUAUUUGGAAACUUAAUUGAGUUUCAAGCAGCUUGGCGUAAGGAAUUGAGUUGCAAGAUGGCCAUGCUCAAAUGGUUCCUAUCUCUCCCCCUUCCCCCUUUGCAUCUCAAGUGAAGGAUGCUUUGAUCUAGAAGGCAGUGGAGAAGUCAAGGCUUCAAAGCAAGGCUAUGAUUGGCAGAGUCAAAACCCCCCCGCCCCCCAAUUUCACCCUCCCAGCCUUUGACUCCCAGUUUACACAGAGGAGUCAGUGUAUGUAUCUGGUUGCACCAAUUGAUUUAGACACAGGUUGGGAGGAUGUGAGCAGGCCUUUGUGUGGUAGAAAUUAGGAUCAGAGCGUUUUUGGUUUUGAGGAAUUUGAAAUCAGCCAGAAUGGGCAUCCUUACCAAAAACGAAACACACAGGCAGGCAGAACUUUUCAGUGCUGAUAUUUCGCUGCCAAAACGCUUUUCUUCUUUCUUGCAGAGUUGACAAUUUCAAUGCUGUCAGGCUUUUGUGACAUUUACAUGCAUAAUUUUUUUUUUCCUGGGGGGAAAAAAAAGCCUUUACCUGGAAACUAUUUUUAAAGAUGUGUUCUCAUUAUAAAAACCUUGCAUUUGAUUGAAAGCUGCUUUCUCUUCAGCUUUAGAAAAGCACAUGGGCCAGGCUGUGGGAUUAUUUGUGUAUGGAUCUUCAAAGCCCUUUCGGUUUUUAAAAAAAUACAGUACAUGGCAAUAUAUUUUAUCAAAAAUUGUGUAGACAAAGACAUGAAUGCAAAUAUUGGGAGUAUUUCUACAAAUCUGUAUAUUGUUCCAUUAUUACUGGAGGAAAAAAAAAAAUUUUUGGUCUAAAACAUGACUUGAUUUGUCAAUACAUCCAAAGUUCUCCUGGUCCUUCUCUCUUCUUUUUGCAUUGUUCACCAAUGAGAACCAAGCCAUUUUAUGAGGAUAAGACGAAAUAUCCUGGGCAUCUCAUGGCGUAACACCAUGACAGGGCUUCUCCUCUGUAUAGUUUGAAACUUCACAAGAGAUAAUGUUUUCAGAAAAUGACUAAAACGUGUUAUUUAAAAUGGAAUGUUUUUGAUUGUGUAUAUGGCUGUGAAGUAAAAUUAUUCGCCUUAACUUUGAAACCUUGGUAUUUCACAAUGUUCAUUUUGAUACCAGUGCAUUAGUCACCGGUCAGUUUAAAGGCAAAAGAUGAGACACUUGUUUGGAAAUCCUACUUGAAAUAUGCCUGCAUGCUGCUGAAACAGAAGUUGGAUUCCUCCCGUAACUUCUUAAAAAUCUGCUUUAUUAAACUUACUUGGAGAGCGUAACAGGUCCAAGCUAGAACGGCCUGUGUGUACUGCUGCUUCUGCUGCUGCUGCUGCUAUUAUUCUUCCAGCGUCUGGUGAGAUAACUUGUAUGAAUGGAAAUCUAAGUACAGUACAUUACUGUAGAAACAGAAUUGACAUGUAAAACUAAAACUACAAUAAUCAAUAUUGUAAAAUAUGUUAAUAAAAGUCUACCGUCAUUAUCUGUG